AAAAAAAAAGAAAAAGAAAAGAAACUUUCAGUUUCAGCCUUCAGCGGCAUGGAACAGUGUGCCUAACACUCUUCAAUCUCGAUUUCUUUUUUUUUUCUUUUUUUUUCUUUUCAUAUUAAUCGAAGGCUAAAAGAUAUUGUUAGAUGACAUGACAGACGAUAGGUUUUCUCAGCUGCCAAACAACAGAUUUUCACAGGCGUGUUGCAAAACAAUCAAUUUAGUGAAGUAGUUGAUGAUUUAUCUUAUUCCUUGAUGUUCUGUAACAUGGAUGUGGUGUUUUUCAAUCCAGUUUACAAAGGUCUUCACAGCAGCACGAUGCACCAGUUUGUUGAUGGACGAGAAACUUUGAAAUCAAUAGUUGUCCAAGAUUCAAGCUCUCAAAAGAUUUAUAGCCGUUUAAACGUAGGUGAGAAGAAGGAGAGAAUCUGUGGUAUACCUCAAACAGAAUGUCAAAGCUUGAGGAUUGUCAUUGAGGAAAGAGUUGGACUGGCAUCUUGUAAUGAACUGGAUUUUGUGAGUAGCUACAGAGGACAUGGAUCACCUUGUCCGAUUCCAGAUCAGGCAACCACCACAUGCAAGCUCUUCAAUGUUCAUGCUGUCACUCAAUCUUCCCCUUCUACUAUACUCUCUUUCACUGAGAAAGCAUCUCAAACUUCUCAUGUUUCACGUGUAAUUGAUUCAGACCAACAGUCAUCCAAUGAACCGGAAGCUUCUAGGGUGCUUCAGAAUGUUCAUAUAUCAACACGACUAAUGGAGGAUUUUCUUGAACUAGCUAAGGAAAACACAAAAAAGGAUCUGGAAACCUGUGGUGUUCUUGGUGCUUUUCUUGAAAAGGGAACUUUCUAUGUAACCACUCUGAUAAUACCUAAACAGGAAUCAACUUCAAAUUCUUGUCAAGCUAUUAAUGAGGAGGAAAUUUUUGCCAUACAAAAUGAACGGUCCCUUUUUCCAGUGGGAUGGAUACAUACACACCCUUCUCAGAGUUGUUUCAUGUCAUCAAUAGAUCUCCAUACUCAAUACUCGUAUCAGGUAAUGGUGCCUGAGGCUUUUGCCAUCGUUGUGGCUCCUACUGAUAAUUCAAGGAGUUAUGGAAUAUUCCGAGUAUCUGAACCCAAUGGAAUGAGUCUCCUGAAAGAAUGCCAAGAGAAAGGAUCUCAAUUUCAUUCUCACGAAGAAACAGUAGAUGGGAGCCCCAUAUAUGAACGCUGCACUCAUGUCUACAAAAAUUCAAAUCUAAGAUGCUGUAAUGGGAUUUGGAGGACUACAACUUCUCCCUCGACCUCCAAAUAAUUCACCUGUAAGAGAUAAGAAUUAUAUAUAUCAUAUCUCUUAUAACCUUAUAUCAUUUUACAAUCAGCAUUAUCAAUAAUGGUAGAGAACUUGUAUUUCUGAUUCUGAUUUGGUGAACUUCACCUUAAUAAAACAUUUAUCUUUUAAUUUUCACAUAUACAUCUUUCUUCUUCUUUUGUCUUUUUUACGUAUUAUCUAUAUCUUUAUAAUCCAUAUGUAUUUUAAAGGAACAACUUUUAGUACUUUUAGUUAGAGAUAUCAAACUUAAGUAUUGUGAUAAAGCGUAUGAAUUGUUAAAAGAGAAACAGAUUGAACCUUCUUGGAGAGACGGUUUUAGCUAUUUUCAUGUUUAUCAUACAUUAGCUAUCGGUUUUGUAUUAUUUUGCUCUUCUUGCUGAAUAAAAAAAAAAAAAGCUUGGCUCGGCCCUUGGGCAAGGAAAACCUA